AUUUUUUAUAGAAUUUAUUUUAUAGUAAAAUUACAAUUGUCCAUUUUAAUUAUUUAAUUAAAAGAAUUUGAAAAAUCAAUUAAUUAUAAUAUUUCAUUUGUAAAAAAUAAAAUGCUUGUAAAGAAAUAUAUUUCGUUUUUAAUGAAAUUUACUUUUAAUAAAAUUAUUGUUAUAUUACAUAUAAUAUUUUAAUAGUGAAAAUUAUAAUAUAUAAUUUUAAUAUAGUGACGUAUAGACGUCAUGAUAUGUGGAUUAUAUUUAUCGAUUGUUUGAUGUAUUAAUACAUAGUGAAUAGAUACACAAUUUUUUAUAAAAGCAUAUAGCAAUUUUUAUAUAAUAUAUUUAUAAUAAAUAUAAAGAAAUUAACCUGAAUAAUAUUAAACAAGGAAAAUUUUAUCUAAACAUAUUUUGAAUAAUAAAAAAUAAAAUUAUAAUAAAUACAUAUGCAAUACAUGUAAAAAUAAAUAAAAAUAUACACAUUAAUUAUAAAUUUUAUAAUAUUGAUACUUUUUUCUACCGAUUGAAACCAUGGUAUAGAUUGACCGAUAGAGCGCGACACUGCAGAUUGCCGAAGUGUUGCGUGUUGCCACAUCACCACCAAAUCAAACGUACUUGAACGAUGUUUCUGUGUAGAUUGCGCUCGUGCCGACUCCUCCACAAUACGUGGAAAGCGUGAGUUUCUCCACUCCGAUUCAACAUGUCAAAUCUUUCUUGAAUUUCUAACGAAUAUUCACGAAAAAAGCAAAAAUCAGAGUAUAGAUAAUCUUCUGUUUACCGAAUUGCUUUUCUGGCACAGUAUAGACUGAGAAAUUAUAGAUUUUUUCGUGGUGCUUAGCGUGGUAAACGAACGACACGAUGAGCGCACCUCAGGGGCAAAUGAAACCGAGAAACGGAGUAGUAAAACAGGUUAUUUCGGGAGAUACUAUUGUUAUUCGUGGCCAACCUAUGGGUGGUCCUCCUCCAGAAGUUACUAUUACCCUUUGUAAUAUUACUGCCCCAAAAUUAGAACGAUGGAAAGGAAAUGAUAGUACGGAUGAAAGUAGGGAUGAACCUUAUUCUUGGGAAGCUAGAGAAUUUUUACGUAAAAAACUUAUUGGUCAAGAUGUAGCUUUUGUUACAGAAAAGUCUGUCAAUACAAAUAGAACUUAUGGUACUGUGUGGUUAGGGAAAGAUAAAAAUGGAGAAAAUGUAAUUGAGACACUGGUAUCUGAGGGUUUAGUAACUGUAAAGAAAGAUACUAGAAAUCCCAGUCCUGAACAAACUCGUUUAAUAGAACUAGAAAAUGCAGCUAAAGCAGCUAAAAAGGGAAAAUGGUCAGAGUCUCCAAAUUCUGAACAUAUACGUGAUGUAAAAUGGACUGUGGAUGAUCCCCGCAAAUUAGUUGAAAAAUUCGGGAAAAAACCUGUGAAAGCUAUUAUUGAAUUUGUUUUUGAUGGAUCUACAGUAAAAGCACUUUUAUUACCUGAUUUUUACAAUAUAGUAUUAAUGAUAUCGGGUGUUCGAUGUCCUGGAUGGCCAAAUGGGAGACGUGAAAAUUCAGUAGGUGAUCCUUAUGCAGAUGAAGCAAGAUAUUUUGUAGAAUCUCGUCUUUUACAUAGAGAUGUCGAAAUAGUACUUGAAUCUGUUAACAAUAAUAAUUUCAUUGGUAGCAUUCUUCAUCCAAAAGGAAAUAUUGCUGAAAUUUUAUUGAGUGAAGGAUUUGCUAAAUGUCAGGAUUGGUCAAUUAAUAACAGCAGAGCUGGUGCAGAGAAACUUUAUCUUGCAGAGAAAGCUGCAAAAGAAGCGCGUUUACGUUUAUGGAAAGAUUACAAACCAUCAGGUCCACAAAUUGAAUUUACUGGUACUAUUGUGGAAAUCGUAAAUGCGGAUGCACUUAUAAUUAGAACUCAAAAUGGAGAAAAUAAGAAAGUAUUUUUGAGUAGUAUUCGACCACCGUCCAGAGAAAAAAAAACCAAUGAAGAAUCUAAUAAUACUACUAGAAAAGAUUUUAAACCUCUUUACGAUAUUCCAUGGAUGUUGGAAGCUCGUGAAUUUUUACGUGAAAAAUUUAUCAGGAAAAAUGUUAAAGUUGUAGUUGAUUAUACUCAACCUGCUAGAGACAAUUUUCCAGAAAAAUUAUGCUGUACCGUUACAUGCGGUAAAACAAAUAUUGCUGAAGCUUUGGUUGCUCGAGGUUUAGCAAGAGUCAUCAAAUAUAGGCAAAAUGAUGAUCAACGUUCAUCUCAUUAUAAUUUGUUGCAAGUUGCUGAAAGCAAAGCAGAAAAAUCUCAACAUGGUUUACAUGCGAAAAAAGAUAUUCCAGUACAUAGAUUGGUAGAUCUUUCUAAUGAUCCAUCAAAAGCAAAAGCAUUUUUAACGUCCCUUAAACGAGCGCAGGGGAUUAAAGCUGUAGUUGAAUUCGUUACCAGUGGAUCGCGUUUAAAAUUAUUUUUACCAAAAGAGGAUCAACUUAUUACAUUUGUCUUAGCUGGUAUAAGAACACCACGAUGUCAAAGAUCAUUACCAGGUGGUGGUAUUGUUAAAGCAGAUGAAUAUGGUGAAAAAGCAUUAGCUUUCACCCGAGAACAUUGCUUUCAAAGAGAUGUAGAAAUAAAAAUCGAAAGUACGGAAACUAAAGGAAGUGGAUUUAUUGGAUGGUUAACAGUAAAUGAUAUUAAUAUGUCUGUUGCUCUUGUUGAAGAAGGUCUUGCAGAAGUAGUUACUUUUCCUGAUUUUGGCGAAUUAACAAGAACACUUAAAGCUGCAGAAGAGCGUGCCAAAACAAAAAAAUUAAAUAUGUGGAAAAAUUAUGUAGAAGUGCAAGUUGAAAAUGAAAAAAAUGAAAAUGACAAAGAAAUUGUAGAAAGAAAAAUUGACUAUCAAGAAGUAGUACUGUCUGAAGUUACUGAAGAUCUUCAUUUCUAUGCACAAAGUGUUGAUCAACGUAGCAUGUUGGAAAAUUUGCUUCUACAAUUACGUCAAGAAUUAGCAUCUAAUCCUCCACUUCCGGGUGCUUACAAACCCACUAGAGGUGAACUAGCAGUUGCUAAAUUUACUGGUGAUGAUCAGUGGUAUCGAGUUAAAGUAGAAAAAGUUUCUGGUACGAAUGUCAGUGUGUUUUAUAUUGAUUAUGGCAAUAGAGAAAUAAUUAGUGUCACAAGAGUUGCUGAUUUACCAUCAAGAUUUGGUAAUGAUAAACCCUAUGCUCACGAACAUAUUCUCGCUUGUGUCGCGCUUCCAAAUGAUAACGAUGACAAAAAAGCGGCAGUUGAAAUCUUUAAGGAAGACGUAAUGGAUAAAAUUUUACUAAUGAAUACAGAAUACAAAUUAAAUAAUAAUGUUACCGCUGUAACAUUAGUUGAUUCUUCUUCUAAUGAAGAUAUCGCAAAAGGACUUAUUUCUGAUGGAUUAUUACUUGUUCAAAACCAACGUGAUAGAAGACUUAUUAAAUUGAUUGAAGAAUAUAAAAAAGCAGAAGAAGAUGCGAAACAUAGUCGACGUAAUAUUUGGAGAUAUGGUGACAUACGAGCAGAUGAUGAAAAAGAAUUUGGAUUGUAAAGAAAUAAAUGCUCAAGGACUGGUUAAAAGUGAUUAAUACAGGGAAAAAGACAUGUUAAAACUGCAUAAUAAUUAUGUAAGAACCCAUUACAUAGAUUAACAAAAAAUAAUAAAUGUCCAUAUGAGAGUUAUAUGUUGCAUUGAUUAUGAUGCAGUUAUAUUUCAUUACAAAAAUAUGAAUUGUACAUAACAAUUUCAUUAAUUCUUGUAAUUUUUGAAUGAAACAGUGGCAUAAUAUAUUGCAUAACAUGUUGUCAUCAAUCAUUAUUUGUAUUACACUGUAAAGUUUUUCUUAUUAAUGAACUUCAAGAAUUCCAUGUAUAACUAUUUUCAAAUUUUCAUAAUCCAUGUGCAAUUUUUCAUGCAUUAUAAUUGAGACAAAUCUUUUUUUCUUCAAAAAAAAGUAUAUGUUACAUUUCGUCAUAUAAAAAUUAUAUGAAUGAAUAUAAAACUCAUAAUUGUAUAUUUUGUCAAACAUACUCAUUUAAGUAUGUAAGAAUUUAUAUUAAGAAAGUAUGUUAUAUUUUAAUUGAAAGCAGUACCACAGUAGAUUAUUGGGCAAACAAUUUCAAUUAAACGUAAUUAUUACGUAUUAAUAUUACGUAUAUACAUAUAUAAAAAUUUUCAUCUAUUAUCUAUUAUAAAUGAAUAUUUCUGACUUAUAUCUAUUUUAUUUCAUAGUUGUAUAUGUGUGUAAUAUUUUAUUUACCUAACAGAAAAAUAAAUUAUAUUUAUUAUAUUUUUUCAUUAAUGAAAAAAAAUCAUUGAUAAUAUUUCAAAGUUAAUUAAAAAUUAUCAAUUUAACAUUAUAAUAUUCUAAACAAAAGUAAAAAAAUAUAUUUCUUUAUCGAAAUAUUGAUGUCCUUUAUAUAUAACACAUAUAUAUAACUUGAAGUAAUAAUUCAUAAACUAUAUUAUUAUAAAUUUGUGAACAGUAAAAGAGAUAUUGAGUGUGUAUGUUCAAAGCAUAAAGUUUUUAAUUGAUUUUUUUAUAUAAAUAUUCAAUUUAAAUAAUUGAGUUAAUGAUUAAUGAUUCUUAAUACGUAUUUGAAUAUGCCAGUAAUUAAAAUGAAAAUAUUAUUAAAAUAUAUGAUCAGAUAAAGAUGCAACAAUUUCUGAAAAUGAAAUUAAAAAUGUUUAAAAUAUAAAUGUAAUACCAGUUAUACAAUUUAAAAAUUUGACUGAUUUGUAACUAUUUUAUGACAACAUAUGAUAUAUGCUGUAUACCAUAAAUAAACUAUAAAACUUUUUUAUUUACACCAUUAUUUUUUAUUUUAAAAAAUAUAUUAAUAAUGAUUUUUCUAAUACAAUAUUUUUAUUCUUUAAAUAUGUUUAUUAUUAUAAUUUAAUAUCAUAAUUUUGCAUAUAGUUUUUAUUUCUGAAUAUUUUAUAUUUAAUAUUUUGUACAAAAUAUAUUAUUUCUAAAUGUUCUGCUAUCUUAUUACAAAAAAGUGUAGAAAUAUUAUAGGAUGCAGUUAUACAACUACAAAUAAUUUAUAGAAAUAUAAAUACAAAUAAUAGAUUAUUCACUAUUUACAUUAUGAAAUGAGAAGGUGAAAUAAAAUAAAUACACCAGUCAAAAAAUCUAUUUUUAUGUAUAGGAAUACAAAAACUUAUAAAUGGAUAUAUAUUACAAUUUUAAUCAUAGUUAUAUUAACAAGUUAUACAUUAAUUUCAAAGUCAAUUGUAUGUUUUAACACUGUAUUAUCCCAAGAGCAAGAAUAUAAAUAUCUGUUGAACCAUGUAAGACCACGUACAAAGUCAGUGUGAUGAUCAUCUUGAUACAUUAGUAAAAGAUCAUUACUUAUAUCAAAUACUUCUACAAAAACAUCGUUGCAGCAUGCAGCUAAUUCUACCCUACUAUGUAAUAAUAUUGUAUAAUUUAUUAUAUUGAUAACAUAUUGAUUUGUAUUUAUCAGUUUAUAUUACCUUUCUGAAUUUGGAUUAAAUGAGAGUCUAUGUACUGGUCUAGAAAA